AAGCAAGUGACAUCCUGACAAUUGACAAUGGGUGAAUUUCAAUCAUUAAUCAUCCUAUUUUAAUUGUCUGAAAGUAAAUAAUUAAUUGCUUAAUUGAAAACACAAUUCCACAAGAUCAUAAUGGACGAAAGGGCGGCUAAACUAGCGUCUGCAAGACAGAAGCUAAAACACCAUCAAGAAAAGAAAAUGGUACGUGCUGAAGUUUCAGGGUCCUAUCAGGAGUAUAAUACAUUACAAAAAGAAGCAACGGAGGAAAUUGAAAAAGUAAAAGAAUUUACUACUAGCACCGGUUUAGAGAAGUCUUAUCGUGAUAAUCAUCCUUUAAAAAAUAAAGAAACGCUCAACAAAAGCGAUAUGAAUGUAACGGAAAUUUUAAUUACUAAUAACACUAAACUUGAAGAACAAGUUAAAACAUUAGAAAAACAACUGAUGGAAAUGCAGAAAAGUUGUAAUUCAGCAGUAGAACAACAAAAUGCUCACGCACAAACUGUCUCCCGCUUGCAGAUGGAACUGCAAACUGUUCAAAACAAAUAUACUGUUGUAAAUAAUGAAAAUUCUUUACAGAAGAAUACAAUAUUGAAUCUGCAAAGCAAAAUAACAGCUUUAUCUGAACAAAACACCAAUUUAAUAGAACAAUUAGAAUUCACAAAAACAGUUUUAACUGUCAAAGAAAAUGAAAAUUCUCAACUUACUAAUCAUAUUUCAGUGCUCCAAAACCAAAUAGAUGUGCUCCAGUUGCAGAUUAAACAAUUGAACAAUAACUCUAACAUUAAUAUAUGUCAAGAGCCAGAAGAGCAAACAUCAAAUGUCCAACUUUACCAAAAAAUAUCUAACUUAGAGCAACAAAUGCAAUCACUCCAAAAGGAAAGAGAUAGUAUUAGUUCUCACUAUCAGCAUUAUGUUAGUGAGCUUAACAAACAACUCAGAGCAAUGGAAACAAGUAAUCGUGAUUUGACCAUGGAAUGUCAACGACUGCAAAACAGAGAAACUAAUCUCGUUGAUCAAUUAAGUGAAAUGGAAAUAAGACUUCAAAAUAUUCAAUCCAACAAAACUGAAGAAAUGGACAAUGUGUUAAAACUGCAAGAAGUAAUUAAAACUAAAGAGAAAAAAAUUCAAGAAUUAAAUGAUGCAUAUGAUGAACUUCAAGCUAAAUGUUAUGAAACUCAAGCCCAAAUUGAAACCUUGAAUAAGAGUAAAGAAAUUAACAGUGAUCAGGACAAUAUAAGUAUAUCUAAACUAAAUGCUGACAUUGCCAGUGACAAAAUUGCAGCACAGCGGGCAACGGAACAGAAUAAAAAACUUAAAACUGAUUUAGCUGAGUUGGAAUUUGCCUUCAUAAAAAUGAGUAAAGACAAAUUAGAUUUAACAGACAAACUUACUCAUGAAAAGCAAUUGAACAAGGAAUUGAUGCUAAAACUUGCUGAUAUAGAAGAGAAUUUAAAAAGUGUACAAAACAAAUUAAAAGCAAAGGAUGAUGAAAUGAUAAGGUUGCAGAAUAGUUCCCGUAUUUUACAAAUAAAUUACGAGAAAUCUCUCGAAAACAACCAUCAGGUUAAAGAAAAAGAGGAAAACGCUGUCAAUAAUGAGGAAAAAGAUAUAAAUGCCAAUGAAAAAGAUGGUUUUCAUGUUCAUAACCAAGAGUGUGAUGAAAGAAGAAAUUUGAUUGAAUUUGAUGAUGAGGAAAUAAGAUUAAGCAUUGCUAAGGAAGAUGCAAUGUUAAAACUUCAAGAGAGGUUUUUAAAUAUUAUGGAUGAAGUUGCGAAUUUAUCAGAUGAAAAACAUAGACUAGAACACAUAAUUCUUCAACUGCAAAAUGAAACAGAUACAAUAUGUGAAUAUAUAGCUCUGUACCAGCAACAGCGCAGUUUGUUGAAAAAACGAGAUGAAGACAGGACCGAACAGAUCAAAAUGUUUCAAAUAGAAAGUAAUAAAUUGAAGAUGCAAUUAGAAGAGCUAAACAACUUGCUAUUGAGAUUUGCGAAUGAUGAUGAGUUGAAAAAAUUUUUGCAAGAUGAAUCAAGGAAAAAUGAUUUAGAUAAGGUAAUGGAAAUAAUGUUAAGUGUAAAAACCAGUUCAUUGAUAUCCUUAAAUCAUAAAAUGCUGGAUUUCAAAAACUUUUACCCAUGCAACUGUUGUUCAGGACAACUUAUAGAUGUUUAAUAAUUUAACAAGCAAGCACCUGUCAAAAUAGCUAAUCACUUUAACAUCAUGUUAAAUGUACAUAUGAUAAAAUUAAAGUGAUGGAAGUAAAGAUGAAUAAACUUAUAGCCCAUACAAAUCUAUAAACCCAGUUAACAAUCCCUUUAUGAUUGGAGUUUUACACAUGUAUUAUUUGUUUGUUUAAUUAUAUUAUUUCUCAAGGACA